AUGUUUGAAAUCCUUUGGGGUGAUCCGCUGACUGUGAAUAAAACACAGCAAUACCAGGAGAAGAGCGAUUGUAAUAACUGCAGCUCUAGCGGCUAUGGUCCGCUCAACACUUUAAGAAAGUGCUUGUCCUUCUUUUCGUUUUGGUCAAAUGAGGAUCCUGCUCGAGAGUCCAAUGGAUUAGAAUUACAUGUAACGACAAGUCUUGGCGUCGAUGAUAAUGCUAAGGCCAUCGCCAUCGCCAAUUCCAUCGCCAAUGCUACCGUCCAUGGUAACGGCAAUACAUUCAGUAAUGCAAUUGGUAACGCAAUUGGUGACGCUUUCGUUAGAUCCUUCGGCAGUGAUGGCCUCAGUAAGAUAAAAAUUUUUGGUGAAGGUUUUGCUAAUGGUAUUGCUGAAGCUUACGCCAGAGCAGACUCGACUGGUAAUACAUGGUGGAAUUUCUUGCCCUCUCCCACGGUGUGUUAUCUUUACCUCAUGAACUAUUUGCUACUUGUGACUUUCUUUGUGUGGAUUAUCAUGACAGUUUGCACGCGCGGUCUUACUGAAGUAAACGCUACGAUUAGCGUCGGAUUGUUCGUUAUUCACCUCGGUGUACUAAUGUAUCUUUUCGAACCCAUUGAAAUACUCGUCCGGCGGAUUCAGGAAGAAAGCAACCCUGUCUUCGUAUCAACGCUACUCGAAAGAGGCGUUUUGGGUUCGUUUAUCAUUGCAAUGCUAGGACUAACGAUUGCAGCGUUCUUCACUGUACCAGUGAACGUGGUUAAUACCACUUUAAUUCAUUUACUGUUGGCUUCGAUUAUUUUCGGUUAUGUCAGGCAUUUACAGGGGUUCACGUUAGUGCAAAGCCUGAUACUUCCUCGAUGA